UGAUGUUUAUUAAGCCAAACCGACUCAUUUAUUAACAACAAUCCCCAUAUACUAAUUCCACACACACACACCGUUUCAUGAUUCAUCAACUUUUCGCCCAGACAACAUCGCCUGACCUCACCCACUCCUUCCCUUUAUUCUUCUUUUGAGGGUCGAUGGCUUCGUUCGCUUCCUCAAAAUCCUUAUCUUUAACUGCCUUUCCCUGUCUCCUCCUCCUCCUCUAUUCAGUUUCGCCGUUAAGAGCCGCUGACGGUGACGAUAAGCCGUCGGCUUAUGAAGUUCUCAACGAGUUCGAGUUCCCGUCAGGUAUCCUUCCAAAAGGGGCGGUAGGCUACGAUUUGGACAGGUCCACCGGAAAAUUCUCCGCCUACCUGAAUGGUAGCUGCAGCUUCUCCAUUCAGGGUUCCUACAAGCUCGCAUACAAAUCGACCAUCACCGGGGUAAUCUCCAAGAACAAACUCAGUAACCUGAAGGGCGUAAGUGUUAAGGUGCUCUUUCUGUGGGUUGACGUUAUCGAGGUCACUCGGGAAGGGGACACGCUAGACUUCUCGGUGGGGAUCGCUUCAGCCGGUUUCGCGGUUGAUAACUUCGAGGAGAGCCCACAGUGCGGGUGCGGAUUUAACUGCGUCACUCGGACUGCGCAAGCGAGGAAGAUGGGAGCAAAUUCAUUGGUUUCUUCUUCUUAAAUCCUAAUUCCCGUCUCCGGGCAAUUAAAGGCAAGGUUGUUAAAUUAUUUCAAGAGCUAUCAAUCAUCAAUGUCUGAUUCAUCUGUAUGGUGGGUUUUCUAUUUCUCUUCUUCAAUCUUGAUUCUUGAUCCCCUUUCCUUUUCUAAGAUGAGCAAUCUGUAAUCGAUAUUAAACUUUUAUUUUGCACUGUUCUUUAAAUUUAACUUUUUGUUGAUUAUUGUUGGUUUAUUGUUUA